UUCUGUCCCUCCCCCACCUGACUCUCCUUAAAAAGUUUUGCAUGCAUUCUGUACUGGCUCGUUGCACGAAAAUUUCAGAAGAAGAAAAUACAUACCGAAAGCUAGUAAUCAGCAAAGUCAUUAGAUAUUUUUAUUGUUGCAACUAUGAAAAUAAUCUUGCUGGUUUUGCUGGAAGUUUUGUACCUAGCAGGCUCAAGAAAAGUUGCGGGAAGUGAUGGGAUUAAUUUUGACAACAACAGCAACAAUGAUGGGAGGUGUAAAGCAGAGUUCUGUCAGUGUGCAGCACUAAGGGAGUUGGCACAGCUGAAGGAAUCAACCACGAACUUAGAAAAUACCGUACUCAAGCAGAAUGAAAAAAUUAAUGACUUGCAGGAAGAGCUGAAGAAAAUAAAAGACAACAGAGUUGCAUUCUUGGUGAAACUAUCUCCGACUUCUGGCAACAUUUUUCUGGGCCCUUUCAAUACUGCCACUACUGUUAAAUUUCCAACUGUGGUGAUAAAUAUAGGAAACUGCUACAAUCCCAGUACAGGAAUUUUUACAGCUCGAGCAAAAGGUGUUUACGUUUUCACUUUCACAGUAUUUAAGAAUUCAAAUUCUCAGCCCUUAUUUACGAGCCUGAUGCACAAUGGUGUCAAAAUCCUAUCCUACUGGGACAGUGACAAUGCUGAUACGCACGACAGUGGUACAAAUACUGCCACCUUGGAAGUAGAAGUUGGUGACAGUAUUUAUAUCCUCCUUCAUGAGAACCGGCAAAUUUAUGACGAUGCAAACUGCUACAUUUCUUUUACUGGCUUCCUUUUAUACAUGCUUUAAGCUGUGAUAUUUCAACAUAUACAACUCAUACCAUUUCAUAGCAACAUAAAUCGACAUUUGUUUGCUGAAUUGAUAAAAAUAUAUUUCUAUAGCCUAAGAGUUUUUCUGAAUUGCUCAUUGUUAAUUUUGUGGCCAUAAAUUUAAGUGGUUUUAUAAUUUGUAGUCCACAUUCUUUUUGGUAACUGGACACAUGUAGAUUAUUUGUGAAAAUAUAAUCAGAAGCCAGUAAAAAAUGAUUACUUAUGGUAAUGUCAAUACAGCAUUUCUUACAUCUUGUGUAAAGGCAGAUGGAUAUUUGAGGAUAUAUGAUUUUCCAUUGUUUCUAAGGUCAGUGAACUGCAGUUCCAUGAGCUCAACCUUUCUGAAAAUCUUAAUAUGAAACGUAAACCAUGAACUUUCAUUCUAAUUUAUGGGAGCUAAAUCUCCUGCAGCCUCAGCUUAAUUAUAAUCAACUCAAAGAGAGAAAAAAUGAAGCUUGCAGGUAUGGAAUCUGCCCUCACAAGUCAGCAUUUCUAGCUUCACCUAUGUGUAUGAACAUGUACUCUCACAAUAUCUGUCUUCAUACAAUUAUUUUCAGUCAGUUGUACUGUCACAUUUUUCAAAUUUUAGAGCUUUCUGCCUUCAACAGCAAAUAGAGCUCAAAGGUAAAUAAUUUGAGUAAAGGGCUAUCACAAAAGGUCUAUGUCGACAACUGUGUUUUAGAUAAAUACACACACAUAUAUAUAUAUAUAUAUAUAUAUAUAUAUAUAUAUGUGUGUGUGUGUGUGUGUGUGUGCGUGUGUCUGUGUGUAUGUCUCUCUGCUUAAUUGUACUUUAAGGUGUUUUUUUUUAUGUGUGUGCUUACCUGUAACUUGAAUAUUAAAUAUCCUUUUGGCUUUAGGUCAUGGCAGAAAACCUUAUCAAAACCAGUUUCAGAAGAACUACUCAAAAGUAUGAAAAUGAAUGAAUCCUUACAAUAUAUGAAAAUUAAAACAUAUUUUAAUAUUGACAUCUAUACACUGAUCAUCUGUCAGCUUCACUGUAUUUUAGAAAAUAAAAUAUAUGUAUAUAUAUAUAUAUAUAUAUAUAUAUAUAUAUAUAUAUAUAUAUAUAUAUAAGAUCACCAGCUAAAUGGACUAUACGGUAGAAUUAAAACAGAAAAACAAUACACCAAAAAGACCAACUGUCUCACAAAAUAAUACAUUUAUUCAAUAAACUGCAACACUGCAAAGCUUUUGAGUACAAGACUCUUUCUCAAUGCAACAGUUUAACCCUACUAGCACAGCUAGACUACAAUCUCCAGGUCCAUGUAUUGUGCAGACAGAAAACCCGCUCACAAAAUAACCCUUUUAGAACAGCUAGAGUUGUUGGAGGCAAAUAUCAGCAAAGUAUCUUUACCAAACUCCAAACUGCUGCCAACCAAACUUACGGGUUCAUUAUACUAUCCCUUUACAAAUAAGCACUAUUCUGAUGUCAGAAAAUCAAAAUGGCCGCUAAUCAAACCACUGUGCAGAUCAUACACUUGAACCCUUUUUCUUUAUACUCCUAAAUAUGCAAACAGUCCAUUUCCAGAAAGUAAGUUAAGUACCGCCUCGUCUGAGUAUCAGCCAUGAUCAUAUACCAGUGAUGUUAUCCUACUUAGAAGGUAGCAGACAAAACCUGCUCCUACAAAUCGGCCCCCUGAAUGAUAAGACAUAUGCUUGGGACUCUCCAUCUCCCACCCUAAGGAAUCUCACCGAUUUUAAACAAUUAAAAAGACAAUUAGCAAAAUUUUUCCUAGACAGAUCAAAAUGGCAGCGCUUUCAUUAUUCAGCAAUUACAUGAUUUCCUGACUUAUGAAUAUUCAUAUAACACCACUAAUUUUACAGUCAGUCGUAAGUACGUAUGCAUUCUACAUUAUCUUUACCUGCUUUUCAGCAUUUCAGUCCAAGGGAUUACUAUCCUCACCUUUUCUACUCUGAACUACAUUUUCAGAUCUCCAUUAUGUACUUAGACAAAGACCUAUGUAGCAUCAUACCCAGAGCUAUCUGUUUCUUGAUUUCUUAUUAUAUACUUUCAUAAAGGCCUUGUACUUCAUUAAUUGCCUACACUAAAAAUCUGCUGUUGAUUUAUAAUACUGAAAACCUUGUUUUUGCUAUGUUUACGUGAUUACAGAAUCAACAUUCCAUCCUACUUUUCAACUUCUUAUGCUCUUUAUGUUCCUUGUACUGUUGGACUAUGUAAGAUGAAAACCUGUUAAAGAUUUGCAAUAAAUUGAAGAUCUGUGUUUUUCAUGUGUUUUAUAUUUUCUGUUAUGCAUUCCUUCCAUACAUCUUUUUUUGCUAUGUAUUUUUCUAUGUGUUAUAUAUAUCUUUUCUUUGUAUAACUUGCCUUCUGGAUUAGUAUACUGUAUACAUUAAAUCUAAACAAAUGAAAUAACAUUCCUUGUCAUUCAUUACUAGAUAAAGUGUAUUAGACUAGUCAUUUAUGGUAAGAUUUUCUUAAAGUGCCUGUCUACAUUAACAAAGCGGAUCACUGGUAAAUUGCAGUAACCAAAACUCUUACCGUCAUUCAGAAUGAAGGCCCUUGCUUGUCCUUCCUCACACCUUCCAAUCCCAGGAUCGGGAAGAAAUGAACAGGCCAGUGGGCAUCACGGCCUGAUGAUUAUGGACUGAACAGGGCCAAAAAGAGUAACAUAAAAAAAUCAGUGUAACAGACUUAAACCUGACAGAAAUGUUCAAAUCCGUGAUUUUACUAAACCCAUUCUAUUAGUUUGUCAUUUAUUCUCACCAGAUGUUCUUUGUUGAACUAUUUGCUGUAACUACUGCUGUUUAUUUGACAGGAACGUCUAAGUGGAUUCUGACAUAAAUUAUCAAGUAUUAUUAAUAACA